AUGCUCCCUCUUUCUCUUUAUCUAUCUAUCUAUCUAUCUAUCUAUCUAUCUAUUCUUUUAUUUUACUCUCGUUUACUCCGAAAUGUUAACACGAGCUUCUCUAGAUUACAUUCGCUCGGCCAUUUUAUUGAUGGUACAAUUUUCUAUCUUAUUUUAUUAUUGUUAUUAACAUUAUAUUUCGACAAUUCCAUUCAUCUUUUUUUCUUCUUGUUCUUAUCACAAUUUCUCCUUUCUUUUCGUCUGUUCCUUUUUCUUCCUUUUCUUAUCUGUUUUUCUUCUUUGCUUUCUUCUUCUUCUUUUCCUUUAUUUCUUUGCUUUCUUAUCUUUUUCUUCUUUUCCUUUUCUUCUUUUUCUUUCUUUUCUUAUUUUUUUUCUUCUUUGCUUUCUCCUCUUUUUCUCCUUUUCCUUUUCUUCUUUUUUCUUUUUCUUUCUUUUCCAAUCUGUUUCUGCUUCUUUACUAUCUUUUUCUUUUCUUCUUUUUCCCUUCUUCUUAUCUUUCCUUUCCUCUACCCUCUUUCUUUUCUUUCGACUUCUCUUUUUCUUCUUCUCUUUAUUUCUUUUCUUUUUUUUCUUCCCUUUUCCUCUCUUGUUCUUUUUCAUUUUUUUUCUUUCUUCCUUUCUUCAUAUCUUCUCUUUUUUCUUCUUUUUACCUCUAUCUUUUCUUCUUUCUUCUUCUUCUUCUUGUCUUCUGUCACUCUUAUGAGGUCCUUUUAUUUCCACAUUCUUUUUCUUUUCUUCAUUAUUAAUGUUUUUCAUAUUCUUUCUUUCUUUCUUUUGUCCACUCCUGUUUUUCGUCUUUAUUGUUUUUUUCUUAUAUUUCUUCUUUUUUUCUUUUAUUCUUGUUUUUUUUCCUUAUCUUUCUUCUUUCUUUUCUUUCAUCUUUUCUUCUUCUUCUUCUUCUCUUUAUUCUUUCAUUAUUUCUUUUACUUCCGUUUCUUCAUUUCCAUUUUUCUUUCUCCUCUUCUUUGUUUUUUUUCUUUCUUCUUAUUCUCCUGUUCCUUCUCUUUUUCUUCUCUUUCUCUUCUUAUUUCUUUUCUUUCUUCUUCUCUCAUACAGUCUUCUAUCAUUAUUAAGGCUUCCUUUUAUUUCUUCAUUCCCCCCCCCCUCCCCGCGCGUUUCUCCGCCAAAGACUCGUUAUCUGCUUUCACACUGACAUGUCCCCCGGGUUUGGUUAAUAAAGGUCAUUUCGUUUCCUUCCUAGAAAACACCGAAAUUCAUCAUAUGACAUUCUUUUUUCCUUUCUUUUCUUUCAAUUCUUUUGGUUUUCCUUCCUUCCUUCCUUCCUUCCUUCCUUCCUUCCUUCCUUCCUUCCUUCUUUUCUUUUCCUUCCUUCCUUCCUUCCUUCCUUCCUUCCUUCCUUCCUUCCUUUCGUUUUCUUUUAGUUUUUCCUUCCUUUUUUCUUUCUUUCAAUUCUUUUUUUUUUUCUUUUUUCCUUCCUUUCCUUCCUUCCUUUUCUUUCCUUCCUUCCUUCCUUCCUUCCUUCCUUCUUUCCUUUUCCUUCCUUCCUUCCUUCCUUUUUAUUUUUUCUUUUUUUCUUUUUCCUUUUCUUUUCUUUCAAUUCUUUUGUUUUUUCCUUCCUUCCUUCCUUCCUUCCUUCCUUCCUUCCUUCCUUCCUUCCUUCCUUCCUUCCUUCCUUUUCUUUCUCUCCUUUCGUUUUCUUUCCUUCCUUUCUUUUUCCUUCCUUUUCUUUCUUUCAAUUCUUUUAGUUUUCCUUCUUUCCUUCCUUCUUUCCUUCCUUCCUUCCUUCCUUCCUUCUUUUUGUUUGGUUCUUCCUUCCUUCCUUCCUUCCUUUUAGUUUUUCUUUCCUUUUUCUUUCUCUCCUUUCGUUUUCUUUCCUACCUUUCGUUUGGUUCUUCCUUCCUUUUAGUUUUUCUUUCCUUUUCUUUCUUUCAAUUCUUUUGUUUUUUCCUUCCUUCCUUCCUUCCUUCCUUCCUUCCUUUUCUUUCUCUCCUUUCGUUUUCUUUCCUUCCUUUCUUUUUCCUUCCUUUUCUUUCUUUCAAUUCUUUUAGUUUUCCUUCUUUCCUUCCUUCUUUCCUUCCUUCCUUCCUUCCUUCCUUCUUUUUGUUUGGUUCUUCCUUCCUUCCUUCCUUUCCUUUUCCUUCCUUUUUUUUUUGUUUUCCUUUUUCCUUUCUUUUUUUUUUCUUUCUUUCAAUUCUUUUGUUUUUUUCCUUCCUUCCUUCCUUCCUUCUUUUCCUUCCUUCCUUCCUUCCUUCCUUCCUUUUCUUCCUUUUUUUCUUUUUCCUUUCCAUUCGUUUUUCUUUCCUUUUCUUUCUUUCAAUUCUUUUGUUUUUUCUUUCCUUCCUUUUCUUUUCCUUCUUUCCUUUCCUUCCUUUUUUUCUUUUCUUUUGGUUUUCCUUCUUUUUCCUUUCCUUCCUUCCUUCCUUCCUUUCUUCCUUCCUUCCUUCCUUCCUUUUCUUUCUUUCAAUUCUUUUUUUUUUUCCUUUUCUUUCUCUCGUUUUCAUUUUUUUUUUUCUCUCUCUCUUUUUUCUCUUUCUCUAUAUCCUUUUCUUUUCUCUUUAUUUUUUCUCUAAUAUUCUUUCCCCUCCUUCCUAUUUCUCUCUCUCUUUCUGUAUCAUUUCUUUUCUUAAAUUCAUUCCCCCUUCUUUCCUUCCACCUCUCUCUCUCUCUCUCUCUCCACCCCCAUUUCUCUCAUUCUCAUACGAUAAUGCCGCGGGUCCUUUCUUUCGUCCUCCUCUUUUUUUGGCUCUAGACUUUUCAUCAUGGUAUCUUUUAGAGAGCCUUUGUUUUCGUCUUCCCUCUUUUUUUUUCUUCAGUGUUUUCUUUAGCGAACCGAUUUCUCCUACAGACACCGCCAUUUUGGAAUCAGUAACUUCGAAUUCUUUCUUUCUUUCUUUCUUUCUUUCUUUCUUUCUUUCUUUCUUUCUUUCUUUCUAA